UUUAACCUGAUAACAUCUUGCGAAAACCAGUCCGAAAACCCUAGUGAAUAUGUUAACCAAAGUACUUGGUAUGCGGUUGAACACCUACGGUGUGGUUGUGGGAUGGCUGGGAGCGAUUUGGUCGUUCUUGACAGUGAUCUUGCUAUCCACAGCCCUCGGAUUUUCUGAUGAAAUCUCAGAGGAGAUAGCUAAGUCGUCCAACGAUCCAAAUAUGACUGUCAGCAAAGUUCGUACUAUGCUGGUAAUAACGUGCAGCAUCUUGUUGGCUCUGAAAGUGAUCAAUCUGCUGUCCUCGGCCCUGCUGGUGAUGGGCACUGUUAAGGAGCGUCACCUUCUCCUUCUGCCCUGGCUGAUCAACUCCGGAAUAACGCUUGUCUUCACCAUCACUCUGACUGUGCUCUCUUGGGUUUCAAUCAUAGUUAAUGAAAAUAUUCUCCAGGCUCUUCCAGCGGUCCUCUUCACUGGCGUUCUUCUCGUGCUUUGGUGGUACCUCUACUACGGCGUCUACUCUCUGUUCAAGCACAUCCAGCGCUCCAGCGAUCAGCAGCGCCCGCUGAUCCAGGGAGCACCCCAAAGGUCAGGCGACCACUCGGCCACCACCUAUCCGAACUACACCAAGAUCUAAAUGGAAAUGGAAAACCAAAAUAUUGUAUUUUCGAGGCCAUGCUCAAGUGCAAGUCACCCGAACAAAGAGUUUUCCCUUUCCUACUAAAUUUACACACACAUAUACACUAUGCAUAUAUAAAUUCGCAAUACUUACCCACACACACA